AUGAUGGAUGUUUUGGGUGUAUUUGAAGGACUUUGCUAUAGCGCUUCACGAGAAGAACGUGCCGAUUGGUUAGGAGCUCAGAGAAAAUGUUUAGACAGAGGAGCUACCUUACCAAUGAAAAUGAGCGAAAUUUCACAACGAGGGCUACGUGCUGCACUUGCUGCAUCUCCUUUUCAAAAGGAGUUUUACUGGAUAGAACCAAAGUCAUGCACUUUUCCUGGAGUUGGAGAGGCUGGACGCGUCUCUUUUUCAUCACAAACUUUUGCAAUUGGCUCGUUUUCGGUGUACACAUGCGAGGACGGAUACGAAUUGGAAGGGGAGACUGAACGCAGUUGCGAAGAGGACGCACGAUGGACAGGGAGCAUACCUAAGUGCAAAAAGAAAAAAUGCAACAAUGUGGAUGUAUGGAGCGGAGGUGGAAUUGUUCGCCUUUUGAAUGGCACGAAUGAGUUUGGAAAUGAGGUAGGUUUAAAAGAAACCUAAGU